AUGUCGAAGAAGAAGAUCACCAAGCGAACCAAGGUCAAGCUGGAUGCUCGGAUGCCCUUUGUGAAGUACGUGAACUACAAUCACAUCAUGCCGACGCGAUACAAUGUCCCCACGGAGCUCUCCCCGUCCAGCAUCUGCACCGACCAGCAGAUGGACACCCUGGACGGUCGAAAGGAAGCCCGGAAGUUUGCCAAGAGCCUCUUCCAGGAGAAGUUCCAGUCGCCCCCCCUCGACAAGGCCGGCCGGCCCUCCAAGGCGAUCCUCACUUUCGACGUCUGCUGUCCUCACCCAUGGCACCGCCCUCCUCCAGCUCAAUAUCAGAAGGUUGAAGUCGUGGAUUCGCCUUGGGGCGACGUCCACCUGGGCUGUGACUCGACGUUUCCGUGGGCUCCGCAUGCGCUCGCCCCUGCUUUGCUUCAUGGCCCGGCCUACCACCCCAACACCGGCGAGUAUAUGGAGGAGCUUCUUCCUUUCAAAGGCUCCACUUCCCGCGGAGUGCGGCAGGACCCUGCGGAUGCCCAAAGACCUUCGGGAGCUGCCACAAUGGCCGCCGACCGCACCCUGCGGGUCAAGCAGGAAGUCGCGCGGCGUUGGAGCCGGAUGGGCUUCCGGAGCUUCCUGGAGGGGGCGCGGCUGUACUAUGAAACCCGCCAGUGGGGUAUUGAGAUGGUCGCGAUUCUCACACAGAUCAUGGCCAACUUCGCCCACAGCCUGUCCGAGUGCACGCCGGUGACGCUGCUCGCAGCUCUGAUCAAGGCAGAGUCGCUCUUCGACCUCGACCUGGCUGCCGGCCGACGCAUGCACUGGACGGCCCGGGCCCUUCUCCAGAGAGCUCUGACGGAGGGAAGGAUGAACUGGACGCUUGGGGAGGAGACUCCCUCGACCUUUCAGAGUAUCCUAACCAUGGCCCUGGAACACGUCCGGGAGUUGGAAGCCAGGCGGCUGCCACCUGCCCGGCCCUGGACGGUGGACCUGGUUUUCCCGCUCUGCAAGUUUGGGGAGCUCUCUGCCAUUUCAGAGGGGCUGGCCUUGAUCGGCACGGGCCUGGUGCCUCCAUUCGACCCCCUGGAUGGCUGGCCUCCGGGCACCCUUCAGGCAAGGCAGGCGCGAGACCACAACAGACUCCGCGGCUUCUUCAGGCAUGCCCGAUUUCGGCUCUUCGUCUACGCCGUCUGCGGGACCUACGGCCUCUUUGGCCGUCACGCCGACACGGGCUCCAUCUCGCCACAAGAGGAGGCCCGGCUGGCCGAGGCAAUCUUCAAGGGGCUGCCGGAGAGCAUCCUGCAGCUCUUCAGAGCCCCUGGUGCAGGCCUUUGGGGCCAGAGGGGCGGGUCGCAUGGGAGCCUGCCUCCCCUCCACCUGGCCGUCUUUGAGGAGGAGGUCCCCACGGGAGAUGUAGCUGCCUACGUGCAUCACCUGGCCAUGGCCUCCAACAGUGAGACCCUCGGAAACAUCACCAUGCUGCUGCAUCCAGACUUCUUGGAGCACAUCCGCGCUUGGCUGGUGGUGUCUGUCUUCCGCGCCCUGUUGAACGGGGCAUGGCCUCAGGAGGUUGACUUCCUGUACCUGGGCUGGAGACACGAGGGUCCGGUGACUUCAGAGGGGCGAGUGGCCUCCCACUUGCGCUACCACUGCGACAUCGAACCUGGUGCAGGUGGCAGGUUGGGGCCAUGUGACCGUGGCUACAACCCCAGGCUCUUGGAGAACAUGUGGCGGAUGGUCUUUGGCCGGGACUUGGACCCCUUCUCCGGGGACGACCUGGGUGGCUACGACUUCUCCCAACUUCUGGUGACUCGCCGGGCUGUGCUCCGUCGCCCGGCAAGGUACUGGCGGUACCUCUCCCGGGUCCUCUCGGCCAGGAGCUCCUUCGAGCUCUUGCCGGGCACGAAGUUCAUCUCCAGGCGCAUCGACCUCUCGGUGAAUGAUCCGCACAACAAGGGCGUCUGCGCCUGGUUCGAGCACAUGUGGCACAUGCUAUUCGACCCGCGCUACUUCCCCAAGCAAGAUGGUCCUCAGGAGGUGGACCUCCGGUCCUUCACGCGGCUACACGACCGUGAUCUGCCGCUGGGACUGCGCUCUGGUCCAGACACGGUCUUAGGACGGCAUUACUGGCUCAAUGCCGAGCAGCAGUGUCGAGCACUCCAAGAUGAGCAAGGAUGUCGCAUCUACCACAUGCAGCAGCAGAAGUAG